GCCAAUGGCGGCGGCUGCUUCAGAACGAGCCCCCAACAACUCGCAUUUUCUACUGAUUAUGGCGCGACGCCCAGAAAUAAUGAUACUUUUUGUAUCAUUUUUGAUAUUUAUGAUCAAUAAGCAUUCUAAUAGCAUCAUCCAUGAUAAGGACCGUUUCAGGAAGCAGCCAUUGCCAAGCCCCUUCUUUCCCUCCCAGUCUCCAGUUGUUGAAGACCAGUAUGGAGACCUUGAAAGACUUCGAGAUUGCCUCACCAAAGAUGAAAUCAUCUUUGUCAUGUAUUAUGCACCCUGGUGCUCCAAGUGUAUGGAGGUCCGCUGGGAAUUCCAUAAAGCUGCUGUUUUUAUGCAGGAAGAGGUGACCUUUGCUGCUGUGAACUGUUGGUGGCCUGAAGGUGAAUGCAAGAGAACGCAAGCCCCCAUCACAUUUCCAUUAUUCUAUGUGUAUCAUACUACCCUGGAUGGAUUCAGGUACACUGGUCAUUUUACCGCAGACCAUAUGGUGAACUUCCUUGGGCAUUUCCUCUUCCCCAUCAUGCCAUUGCAUUCCUUGAAAAAUGUGUCUGAUAUUCUCGUCCAAUAUGAUAAUGCUGUGAUUGGCUACUUUGACUUCUAUGCAUCGCCUCAACCACCUGGUUACAGCCAGUUCUAUUAUGCUGCAUUGAGGAUCUUGGAGGAGUAUCCUAUCCAAGGACCAAAAUUUGGUGUGAUAAGUUCGGAAAAGGUGGCGUCGGAGUACCAUCUGAAGUCUGGUCCUGCCGUUUCUAUGUAUAGGCUGCUGAAUAGUUCAUAUCUUACUUUCUCAUCUAGUAGCUCCUUUACUUCAAAGAAUAUAGUCAAGUGGGUCCAAGUUCAUUAUACUCAGCCUGCAGUGACGUGGUUAUCUCCUGCCGGUAGUAAGAGUCUGUCCCUCUCCAAGCAGAUCAACAAGGGGCCGACACUCAUCAUGUAUCUACCGCACAGCCCUUUCCAUGUCAAUCCAUUAUUCAACUUGUUCAGGGAACUAGCCAUAGACUAUUCCAACUGUGAUCCCACAUCGCUGCGAGGGAAAGUUAUUAUCAACAGGGCAACAAUCAUUCACAGAGAGAUGCUGCUGAAACACAUGCUUACAAUCCAAUCAUGCAAGACUUCCAAUCAGAAGGAUACAAAACAACAAGAGCGGCUCGUACAAUUGCCAGUUACAGUUCCAUUUCAUCAGCACUGUUGCAUAUCGUUACCUCGACCUCGAGGCGCCACAGAACGGUGCAAUAUAUGUAAAAUCUAUUUCUACUCGAACAUUUGCAAUACCUCAAAACUUUACCUGAACUUUCUCAACAAUGGUAUAAACUGUCUUCGAAUGUGUCAAGAGAUACGUUUAUAUUAUAGCCCUUAUGACUACGCCUCCAUGUGCUGUGAUAAACAAUCUGGGCAGACGUCUUCAGAUGAACCUAACACAAGAAAACCUGACCCACAAAUUCUGGAAUUGCAGUACCGUUACCGCCAGAGACAUUGCCGUCGAUAUUCCCUCGCCAAACUGCGGGGAUAUCUACCUGCCGUCACCCUCACUGAUGGCACAGUCGUAAAACUGGCAGAGAAUUUCACCGGUUUAGGUUGCCGUACGAAUAAAUCAGUGAACUUCUAUGCAAUGGAUACAAUGUUUUAUAAAAGUUUUCCUGAGCGGCUGAAUGUUGUUCUGCCUGACAAAUCUAGUCCUGGCCUAGUACUUAUAGAUAGAAAAAACGAGGUGCAACAUGUUUUAGAAGAAAGAAUAACUAGAGAAAAUAUUGGUAGUUUCAUUGUCAAUUUUACCCAUGGUGCUCUGCCACGUCAGUUACGCUCGAGUAAACCAGAGACAAGUGAUUGUAACCAUGGUGAUAACCUUAUAUGCAUCUUAGAAGUGACCUCGGCAACAUUCCAGAAGAUCGUCAUGGAUAAUGACAAGGAUGUGCUUCUCUUGUAUUAUGCUCCCUGGUGCGGAUUCUGUGCUGGGUUUGCUCACAUCUACCUCUCCCUUGCCAAAUAUUUCAAGUCGGCCAAAAGUAUUCUAUUUGCCAGAAUCAAUGGGUAUGAGAAUGACUUACCCUGGGAGUUCACAGUUGAUUCCUAUCCAACGCUUCAUUUCUUUCCGGCCAAAAGGAAAGCUGAGAGUGCAACAUUUCCUAGCCAUCUCCCCAAGACGCUUCCAAACCUCAUCCAAUUUGUACUCCAUUAUGCAACAAAGAAGUUAAAAAUCCACACGGCGUUCAGUAUAUGUGGGAGAAGUUGUAUUGAGAGCAAUUUGCACUUGACCGCAACCAGAUUGAAGGAUCUGACUGAAGAGAUCAGUUAUGUCUCCAAGCGGAGACGAAAGAUCAGACACAUUCUCACAACGGAGUCAGCUUAUUUUACGUUGAGUGAAAGCCAGGAGGAUGAAGUGUUUACCAACAGACAGAAAGCGUUACACAAAUACUUAUUACUGUUACAGCGGCGGUUUGUCAGGAAGACAGCCGAGUUGAAUGCAGCGAAAAAGUUACGCCAAGUUUUAUUGGAGACUGAUGGUAGUUUUAUUGAGCAGCAUAAACUUGUGAAAGUAAUGAGAAAAUAUGCUGCCGAUUUGACAGAAGCGAGCGAUUUAAAAAGUUUUGAGGUCAAGCCAAAGAAGUCUGUUAGAGAUGAGUUAUAGAAGUUGAUUUCUAGUCAAUUACUGUAUUUGUACAAUUGCUUGUACAAACUUCAAUGCAAAAUGCAAAUGGAAUUCGUUAUACUUCAAAUCAUGAGUGAACUCAGACAUGUAUUGAUGUUAUGCAAUCCAAGCACAUUUCCAAUAGAAUUCCUAUGCAUCAGUUCAUAUUUCCUAUUCAUGAUUGUCAGCCUAGUGGGAUUUUGUAACAUCAAUAAUGGACAUUGGUGUGCAGAUUACCAUGAUUCUCACUCACUUGUACUAAUACACUUAUAACAAAAUCAAUACAGAUGUGUGCACUCUGACAAGUUAUGCAGUUUUGGGGCGAAUUCUCCAGUGAAGGGUGAGAAAUAAAUGGAAAGUUUAGCCUCUCUUGAUCAUUGUUUCAGUGUCUGGCAUUCGGGAAUCAUACCAUUGAGAGAUACUUUCAAUAAAGUCGCACAAGUUGGUGCCUUUUAAAAGGUACAUGCUUCAUCAAAUGCACAGAUAUCUACUUGUUCCUCUAAAGUGACUUUUCUACUCAUUACUUACGACACAAUUACGAUGGUGCUUAGAAUGGUUUUCUAUCAAUGCUUGGCACGGAGUACAAGAUAUAGUAGAUCCUCAGUGACACUGGUGAAUCUCUGAUGUCUCGUUUGCAAAAACCUGUCACUUUCCUAUCCCAUUUGCUGUUGAUGAAUGUCCCUUUGAUUAUUUCCCUCUCUUCUGCUGUAAUAAAUACUUGAUAACAUCUUUAGGGCCGGAAGCAAUUGGUGGAAAUACUAGUGACGCCAUUGUCCUUGAUGUCCAUCGGUCAGACCAGAUAGGCAUAGAUUAUUGGGUCUCUGCUCAUAUUGUUUUUUAUAUACAUGUAACAACACCUCUAAUGUGUGUCCGUGAACAACAUAUAGAGUGAAUUAUUAAAGCCUGUUGUUUAGACAAAGUUUGGUAUAACCAGUUUUGGCAACAGGUAUUGAAGGCUACACUAAAGAUUUGCCAUUUUGCUCCAAUACCCCUUGUCCCCGAUGUUUCCAAUAUUUCUUGUUUACUAUAUUAGUCAUAAUCUGAAGAUAUACAUUGGGUGAUAUGAAUAAAGGCUAGCAAAUGCUUUUACUUCAAUUUUUACAGAAAGGCCAAGUGUAAAUGUACAUGGAGUUUUAGAUAAAAGCAUUUACUAGUCUUUAUUCAUAUCACCCAUUGCACAGUGAACAACAUUUCAAGGUGUGACAUCCAAUGCAUUGUCGGCCCAGUUGUCUUCAUGAUGGAUCUGGUAUUUUGUCUUCCACGUGAUAGGGAAGUGCUUUAUUUAUCAGAUGGAGAUAUAUGACAUGAGUUAUAAAAGUCAUUUGUGUCAUGUUCGAGCACUGUAGUAGUUGUAAUGGGCCCGGGCAUAGGAUAAUAGGUACUUGGCAACAGGAGCUGACGACUGAAGGUAAAUAAUAAAUGAGACAGUGCACUGUGGUGUCGGGUGUAAAUGGGAUUUCGUAAGUAUGACAGAUUAGCUAGAAAUGGCCGCUCUUUUUCAGGAUCACCAGGUUAUGUCCUACCUGUCGAUUAACCCAUUGGGACGGAUCCUGACAACAGCAAAAUGUUGUUUUCCUCCGAAUAGUUUGCGACACACUUCAUGGUUUUUCCAUGCCUGGUGACUUGUUUUAAUGAACAAAAGUGCAGGCAAAACUAUCAAGUGAUUCUUGCUGUUUCAUUGAAUUAUUUGCCUGCUUAUUGUUAAUCUAAAGAAACUAUUGGUCUGGCCUAAUGGUAAUGGUACAUCCCAGUCGUGCUAUAACAUUUUUAUAUCGAGAGUGAAUCCAUUACAAUCUAGUUUGCACAUCCUAUUGCUGCAUCUGAUGAAUGUAGGUUUGAACGAGAUCAACUAGUUUUGAACAUGUCUAGUCGUAAAUUACUGUAAUGGUCUUUGGUAUGAGCUGGGCAUUUGAUUUAUUUGUAUUCCUGUAUUUCUUUGGUCAGCACGCCUUGUUUUGUUUAAAUAAUCAAUAUUUGAUCUGAAUGUAAGCUUAAAAUCGUAUUUAUUUUGUUAGUAAAGCGGAAACCAAUAAAGUAUUAUUUAUGAAAAUGUUGCAUUUGUAGAAGUAGGAUUGAAUGAGUUUCACAUGCAUUCUGUUGACCUCCAUCAAACCAUGGCUAGGUCACUCAAAAUCAUAUCCUUGAUCCUUAGAAUGCAAUUGCAUUGACCUUCUGUAUAAAAGAAGUUGUGCCGUCUACGAUGAGUAGAGGAAGAGGAAGAAGAGGUCAGGCUAGGUCACUCAAAACCAUAUCCUUGAUCCUUAGAAUGCAAUUGCAUUGACCUUCUGUUUAAAAAAAGUUGUGCCGUCUACGAUGAGUAGAGGAAGAGGAAGAAGAGGUCAGGGACACCAAAAAGGGAAGAACAAGUUCCGACGAGAUGAAGUGUCUUGAUGGUGAUCUGCAUUUGACAAGGACGUUAAUGUCCUCGUAAGGGUGAGAAUGGCUGGAUGAAUGAACAUGGCCGCCCACACUGAUGAUGGUGGCUGAAGUUUUUCUCUGACUCAUCUGCCUUUAGCAGGUGUUUUCUAUUUGUGUUGGACAUCAAGAGAAAAGUAGAAGAAAUGGCUUGUAAUCUUGUGUUGGAACAUGAACUUGCCUCCAAAACGGAGGAUAAUCUGUAGAGAAAGGUCUCUCAGUCAUGCACCAGUUCUGUGAGUGGAGCGUCCUUUUUCAGAAUCUGACGUUCACCACAUUUUGACUUGAGUGAAAAUGUGUUUUUUCCAUUGAGAAUCUUAUCUAUGUUAUUUGUGUAAAUCAUUUUGAGCUUGUCAUUUCUGAUUGGUUGUGCUACAGUAUUGAAUGAGAA